AUUCGUCUCGGUGAGACGGCGUAAACGCGGCGGCUUUGAUAUCAUGAUCGAUUUUUGGUAGGUUCGAUCGUUGCCGGUCGUAAAUCAAUCCGGAACGACGUGAGAUAAAUGUCGCAAAAUUAGAGGGCUUGAUACCGCGCGAUUCGGUUGCACGCGUUAAUUGAAUACACGGGCGGAAAAUAAGAAGGCUGCGCGCGCAGCCUUCGCGACCGACCGCGCACGCGUUACUCGAAACUGUUUUAGCAACGGCGGGGGCUCGUUUAAAAGAGAUCGACUAUAAAGAUGACGCUUCUUGUUCCUCUGGUUACCUGUGCGAGCACGAGGUUAUUUGAUAUAAUGACGCGGAUUAAUUGGACGAGAAAUGAGAUGAAAGGUUGAAAGGAUCUUAAUAACCUCUUUUGUGAAAGUUUCAAAGUAAAUAGUGGAGGUUUGUUAUUUGAACGAUGACACGUGGAGGGAAUACACGUUGCGCGGCACAGUCGUUGGUUAGAUGUUAAGAAAGGGCAAGUUAAUAAAUUGAUAUCGAGGGGAAGGCAAUUUAACUGGUAAUUGGCUGCGAGUGGUUGGCUCGAUGACUCGGUUAUCGAUGGAAACUCGUUUUUUCCCUCGAGGGCUGGUUGUCGAGUUACUAUUCAAUUAAUGUAUCGUUUCGUCUCGGAUGAUCGUGCAACGAGCAUCGACCGCGGUUUGCUUUCGCGACGCGGCAGCACUUCCUGCCGGAUUUUUCCUUCUUUUUUUUUUUUUUUUUAAUAGGAAAAUACGGGAUUUGUCGAUAAUCUGAAACGAAUUGAUGCGAAACCUUUGAAUAUUUUCGCCGCACGAUUGGCAAUUUACACGAUUGAGCGAAAAAUCUGGAAAUCCGUGAUUAUUAAAAUAUUGUGUGAGAAUGGAAAUAAGAAAUUUAUUUUUAAAUAUUAUAUAUACGCGUCACAGAUUAUCAAGUAUCAAGUUCAAGGAAGUGGAACGAAUUGAAUCUGAAAUUUAUCGAAUACAUCGCGAAAAGAAUUAAACCAAUGAUUCGCGGAGAAAAACGAUAAUUAUUUGCUGUCCACCAAUUUAACUUUUUUACAUCUCGUAAAAAAAAAUACGAGAAUUCCCCGUCGUCAAUUAUUUCGAUUCGAUAGAAAUUUCGAAGGAAAAUCGAUUCGCCACGAACGAUCGAAAGCCGAAAAGCCGUGAAAGCACGAAUAAAUCGAAUUCUCGCGAUGACUUCCGAAGCUCCGUUGCGUAUAUAUACGCGCGUGUUUUCCUCCUCCCUUUCUCAUCUGCUGAAUAAUGUAGCCAAGCUUUAUCAGCAUAACCUCGAACGACGAGAGCCGGGCAGAGCGAGGAUCGCGCUCGCGCUCUCGCAGAUACUUGGCUGAUUCGCGAAAGAUCGCCGAAAGAUUAGCCAUAUCCUCGUCCCCGUUCGACUUAUCGGAUCGACGCUCGGUUCGCCGCAGAUUCUCUCUUUCCCUCGUCGUGUUCGAUUCGUGCAUCGGGCUAAAGAUAGCCGGCUAUUUAUCUGGCGGAUGCUAGUCUCUCGUCUAUUGGUAUACCAACUUCGGGAUCGAGGGUGUUUCUUUUUUUUUUUUUUUUUUUUUAAUAAAAAUCAGUUUCGUUCGCUAAAUUUUCUUGUUCGUAAUUUGUCGUAGCUAUAUGUCGGAUAGAUUUUUUGCAAUCGCCUGUUGAAUAGAAUCGGAUUAAAAUAUUCUUAUCAUCUCGAGUCGAAUUACAAUCCAUACUCUUGGAUUUAUUUUUACGUAUUUUGUUUAAUUCCUUCAUUUCUUUCGAUCGAGUUGUAACUUGUCCAUCGUAAUCGUGCAUCGAGGUAUUCGGGUAAUUUCUUUUACUUAAAAAUAAAAUACUAGAUUUAAGAAGGGUUGUUCCAAGGCGGCCUCCUUAAAAAGGAUUACAAGAAAAAAGGGUCGGCGCGUAUUAAACGCGUAAUCUACUUAUAUUUCACGAUUGUAUAUAUGGAAUAUAUAGUUGCGUGCUUCUUUGAAGCUACCGAUAUUGCAUAUCGUUUGCAACCUAAUGAACGAGCCGUUGUUUUCUUAGCCCGAGGGGAUCGAACUGUUGUCCGCGCCGUUUCAAGAAUGGCGUAAUCUUCUAUCCGUAACGAGUACAUCUAUUUUAUCAACCAAAAAGAACGAAAAAAAAAAGAAAGAAAGAAAAAGAAAUAAAAUUAAUCCGCAAUUUCCAAUAACUUCUAAAGUUAAUCGCGGUCGAAAAGCGUUGGAGUAGGACGGCUUUAAAUUUUUCACCGUGGUUUAAAACGCGUUCGAAUUAGCAUCGCCACAAUAAACGCUAUCACUGGAUCGGUCAUGCGCUAUCAUAAAUUCCUCCAACGGUCGCAGAUAACUCAACCCGAUAAAAAAAGGCGCGCACAGUGACUAUACGUACGCGUCUCCCCCCCUCCCAUUAUCUCUCUCUCCCUCCUUCUGCCUCCUCCUCCUCCUCCUCCUCCUUCUCCUCUUCGUUCUUGCAACUCCUUUCCUCUCGAUUCGAAUUAUUUUUCCCGAGGACACCCCAUUCUUUCUCAUCCAUCCAUCCAUCCAUCCAUCCUUUCUUCUUUCUUUCUUUCUUUCUUCUGACGAACCGCUAAACCGACAGGAAACGAGCCGGCAGAUAGGCCACGACGCCAUUGCACCCGGAGAUAAAACAGUGAUAGGGAGAUCGAUGAAGGCGAUAGUUGAAGUUAUUACCGGAUAGAGGAAGCGGCCGUGACAAAGACGGAGACCGGACGAAAAAGAGAAACAGAAACUGUUAGUCCAGGGAGCCCUUGCGUACGUUUAGGGGGGAGGGGAGGUGUGGAAGGAGACGUAGAAACGCGAAACUCGAAGGACGAAGAGCGCGUGUAACAUCGAGCGAGGAAGGACGAAGAGGAAAGAAAGCGCUGCUUUUGAUGAAGAGAAGAAAGAAAGAAAAAGAGAGAGAGAGAGAGAGGGAGAGGGAGGCGGAAUAAGUGAGGACACAAUGGAAGAAAGAAGAUAGAUAGAGACGAAUGCGGAUGUGGAAAUAGGGGCGAGAAGGAGGAAGGAAGAGGGAGAGGGGUGUGGAGAAGGGGUGUAGAGGAGUGCACGAAGUCCGAUAAGCAGAAACGGUUAUCAAGAAAUGGAAAUGACUGAUAAAAGUCUGGUAGCGAGUUGUCGUUGGAACGUUUUUAAUAUUACAUUAAGUCGGGAUUAUACUUUGUAUAUUAUGUGUAUGUAUAUAUGUAUGUAUGUAUAUAUGUACGUGUAUAUAGGAACGCGACGAUUUGUGUCCGUGUUAUGACGCAUCGUCGCGAGGCACGCGAAAUUUCACGGUCUCGUUAUGACCGACCCGGAAUGAUUUAAUUAACGAUCGACUGGUAAAACUGAAGGGAUAAGAGAUCGAGCGGGAAUGAUUUUAAUCGGGCGAUGAUCAAGCGUGGAGGAAGGACGAAAACGCCAAGGAUCGAUGAGAUGAUCGAUCGUGCAUAGAUAACGUAAAUGUCGAGUGUGUAAUCGUUUGGAUUUGAAUAUUUUUCGAUGAAUCGGCAAUUUUGGAUUAUUGAUUCGCGCUCAUCGUGUUAAGCGGUACUUUCUUAUGUAAAAAUGACAUUAAAUGAUAAUAAUAAUAAUAAUAAUAAGAGAUAUUAGAUUAGAUUUAACGGGGCGGGGGGAAGGACGUGAGUCGUCGUCUUUUGUCUUUAAAGCGCUGAUAACGGUUGACGAUUUGUCUUCUGGUAUAUUUCUAUUCAGUAAUGAAGAGAUAGUCAAACAUGGAGCAUCGGUUGAAUAUGGAAAUUUUUGCAGAUGUAACGAGUGAUAAUAAAAUAACAAUAGUUGUGGCGGCGAUAGUGAUAAUUCUUUUCCCUAAUGAAAAAUUAUAUAACAAGAAGAAAAAUUGUUUUCGAUAAUGUGUGGGAAUUAAAACAUCAUCGAUGAUGACUUAAUAUCUUAGAUCAAUGAUAUACACUUUGUUAAAGUCUGUAUUAACUCUGUAUAUAAUAAAUUCAUUAGAGUACGUUGAAUUCACAUUUCAAUUCCAAUAAUAAUCUAUUUUCUAUCGAAAUGGAAUGUCUAACAAAUGUAUUCCUGGAAAAGGUGAACACACCUACAAUGAAUUCUAAAAUAUAUUUCACUUCACUUUACGCCUGAAAUUGCACAAUUCCUUCUAUAGCAUCGUCGUAUAUUGGCACAUACGUUCGAAAUUCUUGCGCAAUGACAGUUUGCAGAUUUUCCGCUCGCUACGCGCGUAGGUGUCGAUUGCAUUCGCGAAAUGUUGAGUAGACAUCGCAAAAGAACGCUUCGAUCAUCGACGAACUUGGUUUUAUCGUCGAAUUUUUGUCCGUGUGUUCCUCGUUGCGAAUAAGUUUCGCGCCACUGCCGCCAUUUGCAUAAUGGCGUCCGCGCAAAAUCAGUGUGACGACACCGCCGCCGUAUGCAAAUCUUAAUACCCGUUUAACGUCUGAAUUAUGGCCGAUUAAAUGGCAGAUCGACCCAGAUCCUUGUGAAAAAAGUUCAAUUCGGUCCUCUCGUCGAUGGAUAUUGCGAAACUUGUAUCGCCGAAUUCUGUUGGAGUUUGCCUCGGAAUGGACUCGUUUGGAUAGUUUGGUUAGGUUCAUCGUAUUGAGAAAUGGGCGAUUCACGGAACGAAUUGUGGACAUCGAACGAUAUCGACUUCAUAAAGAUUUACCAAGUCAUCGUGCGCCUCUCUCUCUGAACACGAGCCUCGAGUCCAACUGUUUUGACACUCGUUCGUCUCGUAGACGGCCUCUGGGCUCCUCUCGUCGGCCUUUCUUCUUCUCCGGCCUCCGAAUUCCAUGCCGAGUUAUAUCAGAAUAUCUAUGGACUCGUCUGGACCACUUUUCGCUUAAUCGUCUUCUACUCUUCGUCUGGUAUACCGCCGCUACCUAGCGAACAUCUGUCCGUAAUGCCAUGUUGCUCUUUUGAACUGAAUAUCGUUGUUUGGACGUUUAGAAGAUAGUAAUGAUUAAAUAGAUAAAAACUUGGAAAAUACAACGAUUUAAUAUUCAGCGAUUGGAAACAGUUGAAAGGAAUUUUGAAGUUUAAGGAUAAUCUAGAAGAGAAUCUUCCUACACCAAAAGCGAUACGACAAGUCGGAGGAUGUUCCGCGAUUGCGGUGACGCACGCAAACGUACAAAGGUCGCCUCGUAAAUAGUUUAAUCUCCGAGCGAUCAAGCUGGCGUCUGAUUAAAACUGUCUCGCCUCUGUUAAUCAUUAUCUCUCCCGUUCGAAAGUACAAAGAUGCGUUUUGUCUUCGUCUUCGUGAAUUUUUGUACUCCUUUAAAAAUUUAACGAGCCUGGAACAGUUCGUCCAGUGUUCCAUUUUGUGUAUCGGUAUCCAAUCACGAUUAUCGAGAAGAAAAAACUCAUUAUGCUAAUCGUCAAAAGACGGGAGAAGAAUGUUUGUCAUUACAUAAUUAUCAAAAUUGAUAAUUUCAAACUUUUGGAAGAAGAUAUUCCAAAAUUUCAAGACCUCCCACUUGCAGUAAUUUAUUCAAUUCAACAUUUAUUGUAUCCAGUUCUUCAAACUUGUGUCCACGCUUUUUUUGGAAAAAUAUUCCAGCAUAUAUAAUAGAAUUCCAUUUUGUACAAUUAUUUAUAUAAGAUAUUUAAGAUAUACAACGAGAUAAAAAUAAAAGGAGAAAGAAGUAAGGAAAAACGAGUGCUACACGAUAGAAAAUGAGCGAGGUCCCAAGGUGUCGAUGGGCGGGAUCGAGGUUACCAAGAUGACCCAACAAAUGUCCAUACGAGGAGAACGGACACAGGCGGAGGUGCAGCGGCGUGUACAUAGUGGAAGGCGAGGCAGGCGCACAGUAGUCAUUCCCGUGGCACGUCGUGACGAGUCUCGCGGAGUCUCUCAGACUGCUAUCUUUCUGACAUUGAGGCGCCGGUAUCUGUGCCACCAAGUCUCAGCGUACAACCUGCUGCGACCGAGAUAUGCCUCUCCCGACCGGCACAACUUUGCGCCGUUUUGACGUGCGCCAGAUAACUGACGUCCCCUCUCUUUCUCUCUUCCUCUUCUUCUUCUUACUUGCCCUCUGACAUGGUCGAAAGCGUGGCCCUGGAAGUGUAUCUCCAGAACCGGAAUCGCUCUUUCAAACUUGAGCCGUAAGUCAAUGCUACACCACGACAAUCAAUUUCUACUCCUCCUCGUCACAUAUCCCUUUACACUCCUCGAGGGAACAAGGGAGGAUGAGGAAUGGAGCGACUCGGAGAAGACACCUUCGGUGAGCAGUGGAGUGGAGGGCGGUGGAUCGGCGGUCUCGAGCCCGAUCGCGCCGAUCGUCGAAGAGGAAUCGAGUUUGCCGCCACCGCCGAGACUGAACCCCCCUUCCUCGUCGGUUGUGAUCGCGAAUUCGGCCGCUGAGGAUAUCAGAUUGAGGCUCAGCGUUCUCUCUGAAGAUGCUCGGAAACGGCUGGCUAGUCUCACCGAGGAUAUCGAGGUCGCGAGAAGUUUGAGAGACCGACAUGCAGCGCCAAGGGCCAAUCAAACCCGAGAAUCGAGCCCGAAGGACACGGACGAGGAUUCCAACAUGGUGGUGGUCAAGGAAGAGGAUUGCCAGCCGAGGUCGUCGUCCUCCUCGUCUUCCUCGACCAGAAGGCGGGAGUCCGUGUGCAGGAGGGACUCGGAGGACUCCUCGAGACGAUCGAACGCGGACGAGACACCGUCGGAGAAAAAGCUGAAACUCGAUGAUGAAGCAGCACCAAGACUGAGACUCAAUGCUAGUCUGGCGACGGAUCCCGCGCUUCGGCCCGCCGCUGUAGCCGCGCUCACCGUCAAACCGGAAAAUACCUCGCCGCCGAAUCCUGUGCCACCCCUGCCGGCUGGACUUCAGAACGCGAUCGCGUCGGGUCGGCUGUUCGUGCUGCCAACCGACGGCAAGGAGACGAUCACGGUGGAGCCAGCCAGGCCGGCGCCCCUCAUCUGCCCGCCAUGCGGCAUCCGCUUUAGCUCGGCGAGCACCCUCGAGGCGCAUCGCACCUUCUACUGCGCCCAUCGUCCUCGGCUCGAGGAGGAGGCGGCCAACGAGGAGGACGAGGAGAAGUCGAACAAAUUCGAGGUGAGGAAGGCGUACGCUUGUCCCCACUGUUCGUACAGCGCGGACAAGAAGGUCUCGUUGAACAGACACAUGAGGAUGCACGCCGCGUCCCCGGCGCCGCCCACGAUACCAACCGCGCCGACCACGGCCACCACUCCGGGGACGGGCGCCGCGACCGCCUCGAACGGCUCGUUGAACGAGGAAGCGGAGAGAUACUGCAGAAAUUGCGACAUCCGAUUCAGCUCGCUCAAGACUUACAGGGCGCACAAGACCCACUACUGCAGCACCAGGCACGUGGUGAAGGACGCGCAACCCGCGCCCACGGUGACGGCCGCCGCCGCCGCCGCCGCCUCCUCCUCGGUCAAAGCGUCGCCGCCGACCAGCGCGAGCCCCGGCGAGUCGCCACCCCCGCAACCGUGUCUGGCAUUGCCCACCAACCCGAUUCUGAUCGUGCCCUACUCUUUGUUCCGCGGUGCCAGCGUCCUAGCUGCGCCCACUCUGCCUGCUCCCGAUACAGCGUGCUUCCUUCUUCCAAACGGUCAUCUUCAGCCGAUGACAAGGGGCCUCGCAGCCACGGGUCAGAAUGCCGUGGUCGAGCCUCCGCCGGUCCUUCGAGCCGCGAACAAACCGACUACGCCCGCGUCCGUCGUCGCAUCGUCCACGUCGCCGUCGGGCUCAGCGCCGCUAGACCUGAGCGUGAGAAAGUCGCCGGCCCAUCAAGACGAGAAAGAGAACAGAGUGUCGCCGGCGCCCUCCUCCCUGCCUCCGCCACCUGGCAGCCCACGGUCCAGAGGAAGCGGAAGUCCUAGGGCGAGGUCGAUCGGAUCCACUCCUACGGUGACUGCGACCGUCGUUCCACCACCGCCGACGGAGCUCGCUUUAAGAUUGGCCGAACUUCCCCCACCACCUGUUCCUAGCGUUCUCGUGAAGCAGGGUGUCUCGAGAUGCAAAGAGUGCAACAUCGUGUUCUGCCGACACGAGAACUUCGUCGCGCACAAGAAGCACUAUUGCCAGGCGAGAGAGACGUCGGUCAGCAACAGUCCUCCGCCACCCGGCACACCCUCGCCUCCGUUGGUUCAGUUAAUUUGCGCCGCGUGCGGAAUCAAGUUCGCCUCUAUGGACAACCUUGUGGCUCAUCAAGCGUUCUACUGUCCCAAGAGGCCGGAACCCCAAGAGCAUCAUUCGCGAUGUUCCAAGUGCAAAACUAUAAUAGAACCUGGAACAACCCAUACCUGUAGCAGUGGACCGACCGGUGGUUGGAGAUGUCCUGUUUGCGGUGCUGUUAGCCCAACGGCCGGGGCAGCUCAACGCCACAUGGAUGCGCAUCAAGGCGUGAAGGCUUUCAGGUGCACGAUCUGUCGUUACAAAGGAAACACGUUACGCGGUAUGAGGACGCACAUCAAAAUGCACUUUGAGAAACGCGGAACCGAUUUGCAGGAGGAAAAUUACAUAACGUGCGUGCUCGACGACGAGACAGUUUUGCCUACUCCAGAGCCCGCUCCAGCUACCACUCCCGAGGAAAUCCCUGCCGAGGUGCAAGUGAACGGGAAAACCGAGGUUCGAAAGAGUCCGCAACCACCUCCGCCCCCUCCUCCUCCACCGCCCCCAGUGGCCAAUAAGGUGAAGCAAGAACGUGAGGACACGCCACCGCCUCCUGAAGAAAGUUUAGAUCCGAACAAGAGCGGCCCGCGUUACUGCAGGUCGUGCGACAUCAGUUUCAAUUAUCUGAGCACGUUCAUAGCUCACAAGAAGUUCUACUGUUCGAGCCAUGCGGGGGAAGCUAGUAACAAUAAUAACAAUAAUAAUAAUAAUAAUUCGAGCAGCCACGCGACGACGCCUCCAAGCAGCAGGACCGAAGCGUCGGUACUUUAAAAAAAGACUCUUGGACGAACCAUGGGACUGUUAAUUGUUGCCAGUUUUAUAUAUAAUAUAAUUGCCGACUAUCCAAUUUAGUUGACUACCGUUGUGUGAUUUCUGUUGAUCCAGGGAAUUGUUUGUACUUAUAAAUUGAGUUAUCCGACGUGUACAUACGUGCGAUGCGUGAAGAAGGAGCUGCGUAAAACGUAAGCUAAAAAAAAAAAAGAAAUGUAGAAGCAAGGGGAAAGUUGGGCGAUCGUGGCAACGUUUGAUAGUUUGCUUUGGAUGAAUUAGAGAACAAGAGAAAGAUUAUUGGAUUUAAGUGGGGAAAAAAAUAAAAUAAAAUAAAACGUACCAAAGUGAAACUGUCAAAUGGAACGAUAUGUAAAUCCACGUAUGAAAGGGAUCGUGCAGGUUAGGUUUACGAUGCAGCUGAUCUCAUAUGCCACAAUCGACCACAAUACAAAAAAGGUGUGCAAUCUCAUGACUCUUCAAUAAUCUCAUAGUUGUAAUAAUCGACACAUACCUAAGGAAUUACGAAAAAAAAUAAUGAUGAGUGUAAAAUGUUGUACAGUAGCCGAGUAGAGUAUUACGGUACGAUAUAUUAAUAAUCUUAAAUGAUACCAAUUCCCAGCUUGUGAAAAACGCUAAGUUGCAAUAUGACAUUUAAUAUAUUAUACAUAAAUAUAUAUAGGUAUAAAUAAAUAAUUUCAUUGUCCAUAAAUCGCGCUCAUAUUCUUUGACGAGUAAAUAUGCUGGUAAUAGUAUCCAUACUGCCAUAAGAAAGAAAGAUCGGAGUCGUUUCCUAUUCCUUUGCCAACAACAGAUUCUCGGAUAAAUAAUAACGAGAAAGUGAAAAUAAAUCGAUGACCCCUAUAAUAUUUCUGUUCGAAUAUUCUGGAUACGGUGGAUAAAUGGGUCCUUAUCAACGUAUUUGCUUCGUUAUAUUACAAUCAAAAAA